GAUCGGCAUCGUAAAGCAAUACAGCGAGAAGAACGGCUAUGGCUUCCUGAACGCCUCCGGCUACCCGCAAGACAUCAAGUUCAGUCGAACAGAGCUCAGGGGAGGACCCCCAGGUCCGGGGAACAUCGUCAGCUUUAGCCCGGUGCAGCUCCCGGAUGGCCGGCUCCAGGCACUGAAU